CUUGAAACUGAGAGGUGUACGCGAAGCGACUAUCACCCGACACCCGUAACUCACGGUUGUUCCAAGUCUUCAAUCAAACUUUCUCCGUAAUAUUUUAAGAAAGUGUAAUUAUUUUAAAACGUGACAUGCACCGAGGCCCGUUUUAGUUUUACACAUAUUGUAAUCCAAAGUAUGAUGUGAUACGCAGUGAUUAAACACACGUUAAAAGGGCAUAUUAAGCAGUUAUCUGAAAGGCAGCCAAGCAAUGGAGAAACCAUCGUCGUCAACAGCUUCUCCAACGUCAUCGGAAAAGGAGUUUGGAGGAGGUGCCAUAAGGCGACCCACUGACCCUUCAACUGGCACUAGUGCCACUGAUACUGUAACUGUUCCCAGCCGCCAAGCCGUUGCUGGGAAACUCUUCAAAAAAUGCAAGAGUGCUACAUUCCAAAUCGAUGGGGCAACAUACACUAUUGCGGCUCAGGCACUUCUACCAGCCGACACAGAUGGUCAAAGACUGUUUCAUCAGUGUGCCAAGAAUUUAGCCAUCCUGAGAGGACUCGGAGUGACACAGCCUCACAUCGGGCAGCAUUGUGAAUUUCCGCAAUCGGCAUAGAUGGGCGGAAAACAUUCCACAUAGGAUGAGUCGUGGAAAACAACAAUCAUCAGUUUCCCAUAACCGUAUGGUCGGGCGAUCAUCGCAUUGGCCGUUGUCAUCAGAACUUGCUGGGCCUCCUACCUACAGUUUCUCCGAAGACAUUUAUCUCAAUUGUUGGAAGACGUUUCGUUGCUCGCACAGUGGGUGGGGUUUGUGCACGGCAGUGCUCCACCACACCUCGGUCUCUCUGUGCGAGAUUGGUCUCGGACCUUGGAUCACAAGUGGCCCCGAGGCUCCCGUUUCGUGGCCACCACGGUUACCAGGCCUUAAUUCCGCAGAUUUUUAGUAGAGGAGUUCGGUGAGAAUUGCGGUUAACGCCAACACUAUUGACACCGGAGAUAAACUUUAGCAACGCAUAGAGGGCACAGCAAACGAGAUUCCUACCACAUUUGGGGUGGCCGAACGCGUCUGAGCGCUCUGACGCAUAUAUUCAUACUAGCGAAGGACAUUUCUAGGAUUUGUUAUAACAUUGGCGAUAAGGAAAUCGUCCGUGAGCCAAAAAUUUCACAUUUCAGAGAAUCUGGUACAAUAUAUUGUUGAAAUUAUAUCAUCUGUACCUUGUAUGGAAGGCUUUCCACGUUUUCAUUGGACUUUCUUGACUCAUGUUGACGUGUUGAAACACCCCUGCCAUUUGUGGCAAGUAACUUAAAAACGCUCUGCACAAAAACAUUUGUAUUCUCAAUUUCCUACAUUUUUUCUUCGUUAGGGAAGCGUGUGCAUUUUAAUACAUAAGAGUGAUCUAUUUCAUAUUUACUAGACUUUUCAUCAUGUAUCAUGUGUCUUUACGGCAGGAAAAAAUGAAACGUAUGUGACGUCACAUGAUUUUCACUCUAGACAUUGAAGGUAAUGAUAAUGCAGAUUUUCUAACUUGAAGCACACAAAUAUUACAUGAAAUUUGUGAGGAUACAGUUAACAGUUACUGAUUAUAUUUUUUACUAAAUAUAUUUGAGAUACAUGCAUGCCAUGAAACCAUUUCAAAUAUUACAGGAGCUCGAAGGAUGUCUUGGAAUUUGAGUCUAGGGGAGGUGGUCAGAAAUUGGCCGUAACAGAAUAAUAAAGCCAUGUCAAAAUUU